AUGAGUUUAAUCAGAGCAUUGAUAUUUGUUUGCGUAGCUGUCAACCUUGUACACUCAAUUCCAGUUAUUCCAUAUUCCUAUCCACUUUACAAACAGUGUGAUCCAGCAUGGGGUAAUAAUACAAUUAUUACAACAACAGUUUGUGAAGUAGGUUGUUUGAUGUCAUCGGUAUCGAUGUCGUUGGCAGGAAAAGGUAUUCAAGUCGAUGGCCAAUUGGCUACACCAGGUACUCUCAAUGCUUGGUUGAAGACCAACCAAGGAUACACUUCCAAUGAUGAGUUGGAGGAGGGUGUCGUUGCAGAGUUGCCAGCUGUACAAUGGGUCGGUCCAUCGAUUCCAGGAACCUCGCUUUCAAUGGAGGAUAUCGCCGAACUCCUCAACCAAAGAGUCACUGUAAUCUUGAACGUUCUCAAUGGUGGUCACUUUGUACUCUGUGUCGGUUACGACAGCGAUGCACAAACUCUCUACGUCAACGAUCCAGGUUUCCAAACCAUCUACUAUAAUUACUCUGAUGUCGUUGGAUACCGUAUUUUCAAGAUGAAUCUCUAA